AUGCUCCCGAGCGAGGAGGACGACUUCCUCAUGGACGAGUCGUCGGUGCUGGCGUUCCUCGCCGACUGCGAGAUGGGCGACGAGGCCGCGCCAGUCUCCACAGCCUCCAGUAACACGUCAACCCCCACACAAUGUGACACAUUAACCGCCACUUGGUCCGACACCAGCAGCAGCUCCGCCAGCUCCCCGGAGAAGCCCAUUGUGAAGAAGUCGUGGCGUCAGCGCCGCAAGGAGGAAGUCCUGAUGCUCAGGGAGGUCGUGAAGCAACUUUCGGCCGAGCUCGAGCGCCUCAAACUGGCCGCGGGGGUGCACUCGACGCUCCCCAGUGCACUUGAGACAGCAGCACAUAAGACCCCAGUCCACGCACGCAAGACGGAGGCGUCGGUCAUGUGGCAGCGAGUGGCUGGACGCCAGUCGAUGCUGCGACAGCAAAGUGAAGAGGAGAACGGCAAGCUACGUGAAGCGUUGAGGCUGCAGCUGCAACAGGCGAAGAGUCUGCAGCGCGCCAUUAAGAGGAAGCUGAGGGAGGACCUCGUGUCGUCGUCGAUGGAUCUGAUCAAGCAGCAUCGCCUGGAUACGAGAGGGGUAACCCCUCCUUCGAACAGCAAGACGGUGUUUGACCAGCUGAUGGCGGGGCUAGAUGAGGUUUAUGAGGGCGUGGACGCUUUCUUUGAGGAGGCGGGGAUGGUGGCUCUGCCCUGUCCUGGACGGAGAAACAACUCGGGGGAUGACAUUGCUAAGGGGAAGUUUAUGGAGUUCCUGGAUAGCUACGCGCUGCCGUUCGACUUUCGAAAGACGGCCAAGGUGAUCUGGACCCCGGAGAAGGACCAGCCCAGCAGCAACUUGUACUACUUACAGGUGAGUUUCUACAGUAUCUGCAUCGUGUAUUUGGAUAUGAUUUUAGCACUAACAAUGGUUUGUGGUUGCUUGCAGAAUUUUACGGCGGGGAGCAACACCCACAUGACGAGUUUCUGCUUUGCAUUUUCGAUGCUAGGAGUGGACUUCCGUGUCGUUAUACGCCAUGUGACUCGAAGAUACGUGGAGAAAGACCGGGUUGUGUUCAUUUCGCGGGCGUUGAUCGAGCCGAUUUACGAGGCAGGGUCGAUUACACUCGUUGAGACGAGUCGCAUGGUCUUGAAACGUGGUGAUUUAUCAGCUUUAGGGCCCACGACAGUGAUGCAGACUCAUCGAGAGGCCAAAGCUUGUGGGGUGAUUUCGGGGUUUGAUACUCAGAACCUCCCUAGUAUUCACACGGUUGGCCUCGAAAACUGGGAAAAGAACAUUACGCGCUUCAACAACGACGUGGAGGACCAGCUAAUUCGGACAGCGAGUUAA